UUCACUUCCUACUGAUUUGCUCCACAGCAGACAGACUACCGUAUCAUGUCGUCUUAGGCGCCACAGACUGAUAUCCACCGCUGUUAACAUGUUACUUCUGUGUAAAUCUGACCGCUUCUCGCCUCUGAAGCUGGUUCUUUGGUUAGUUGCGUGUCUGGGAUGUUUGUCCGUCCGGUCCGGAGCGGAGGAGGACAGCAGCAGCCCGUGGUACCGGGACCUCUGCAGUUUUAAAUGGGAGGCUAUUGACCAGGAUAAUAAGGUGAGCUACACGCUAAAGCUCUGCGAGUCUUCACCGUCAACCAGCUGUGGCCCCGGCACCGCCGUCUGCGCCCAGAACCUCACCACCAAAGCAAACCAGUCUGUCGGUGAGCUGUCCCUGUACACGCUGUCUGGCACGGUGCUGGAUUACAACAGCACAGAGAAAUGUCCUGAGAGCGGCAACAGCAUUCAGACCAGCAUCAGCUUCCAGUGCGGGAAAACCCUGGGGACCCCGGAGUUUGUCGCCGUGUCCCAGUGUGUGCAUUACUUCGAGUGGAGGACCUUCACCGCCUGCAAGAAAGAUAAAUUCAAGCCACACAAAGAGGUGCCCUGCUAUGUGUUCGACUCUGACGGUAAGAAGCACGACCUCAGCCCCCUGAUCCGAGUGAACAACGGCUAUCUGGUGGACGACGGAGACGACAGCAUCGACUUCUACAUCAACAUCUGCAGGAGUCUCAACCGACCAGACAAAUCGUGUCCGGAGGGCUCUGCAGCCUGUCUGGUCACCAGUCAUGGCUCCUACGACAUGGGCUCUCCUACCGCACAGCUAGAGCUGUUAUCCAACGACAGACUGAAGCUGCACUAUGAAGUCGCUGCUGGUUCAUCUCCUCCGGACAUCUGCAAUGGACACGAACCUGCCGUCACCAUCACUUUCAUCUGUCCGUCAAGCAGACAUUCAGGCAGCACUCCUAAGAUGACAGCGGGGUCGAACUGUCGCUACGAGGUGGAGUGGGUGACUGAGUACGCGUGUCACAGAGACUACCUGGAGAGCCACACCUGCAAACUGACCAGCGAACAGCACGACAUCUCCAUAGACCUAACACCUCUCACCUUGAGCUCUACAGACAGCCCGUACUACGCACACUCUGGGUCCAGUGACGGGGAUGACAGCUACAUCUACUACCUGAACGUGUGUGGAGAGAUCCCCACUGCUGAAUGUGGCCACGACCAGUUCGUAUCGUCCUGCCAGGUGAAGAAGUCCAGAGACAUGAAGAAGGUGGCUGGAAGAUAUCAGAACCAGACACUACGUUAUUCAGAUGGAGAUCUGACUCUGAUCUACCCGGGCGGGACCAGAUGCACCUCCGGCUUCCUGAGAAUGACCAUCAUCAACUUUGAGUGCAACAAGAAUGCAUCCAACGGUGGGCGAGGGAGUCCAGUGUUUGCGGGGGAGACAGACUGCACUUAUUUUUUUAACUGGGAGACGGCCUUCGCCUGCGUCAAGGAGAAAGAGGAUCUACUGUGUCGAGUCAGAGAUGACAACAAACACUACGACCUUUCACCCCUCACAAGAUACCCUGGGUCAGAUGUCGGUGGGAACUGGGAGGUGGUGGAUGCUAAAUCUCCAAAGCUGGACUCGCGUUUCUACCUGAAUGUCUGUCACAAAGUCAUCCAGACGGGUGCAGCUGCCCGCUGCCCGGUGAAUGCCUCCAUCUGUGCCGUGGAUAAGGAUAAUGGGGCGAUCAGCCUAGGCAGCUUCCUCUCAUCUCCCCAGAAGACUAAAAUAGGAAAUGACAUCAGACUGGUGUAUACCGAUGGAAGUUUUUGCAGCAAUAAAAAGAUGAGGAUCCAAACUAUCCUGACCCUCAAGUGCAAACCGGGAGAUCUGGAGAGCGCUCCCGUCCUUCGUAGCGUUGCGUCGGACGGCUGUAUGUAUGAGUUGGAAUGGUACACUGCCGCCGCCUGCGUCCUCUCGAAGACUCAGGGAGACGACUGCAAAGUGGAGGACCCUCAGGCUGGCUUCUCUUUCGACUUGUCGCCUCUCUCCAAAGCCGACGGUGACUUCUACAACCUGACCAGCGGCAACUAUGACUACUACAUCAACGUCUGUGGGCCCGUCAAGGCUGCCAGCUGUCCUGAAAAGGCCGGAACAUGCCAGGUCGACAAGAGUUCUUGGAGUCUUGGGGAAGCGAACUCCCGCCUGUCGUACUACGAUGGCCUGAUCCAGCUGUCCUACAGUCACGGCUCCCAGUACAACAACAAAGAACACACUCUCAGAUCCACUCUCAUCUCUUUCCUCUGUGACCCAGAAGCUGGAGCAGGUUAUCCCGAAUUCCAGGUUGAGGACAAGUACACCUAUAACUUCCGCUGGUAUACAUCCUACGCAUGUCCUGAAAGGCCUCAUGAGUGUUUGGUGACAGAUCCCAACACUCUUGAGCAGUACGACUUAUCCAGCUUGUCACGCGCCACCUCCAUCAGCAACUGGCAGGUCAUGGAUUUGUCUGACACCAUGAACCUGAAGAAGUACCACAUCAACAUAUGUCGGCCUAUCAACGCUGUACCAGGCUGCGACCGCCAUGCGUCCGUCUGCCAGAUGAAGUACAUACCCGAGCAGGGCUCUCCGAAGGAGGUUGUAUCCGUCAGUAACAUGGGUAUUUCCAAGCGAGGGCCGAUCAUCGAGGGGCGGGACCGGCUGCUGCUGGAGUUCACAGACGGCUCUGUCUGCAUGUCAGACGGCCUGAAGCUCGCAUACACGACACGCAUCCACCUGGUCUGCUCCAAAGGAACUGUGUCAAUGGGCCCGAGGUUCCUGAUGUACCAGAACUGUACUGCCACCUUCAUGUGGGACACCAGUGCAGCCUGCGCAAUCAAAACCACCACGAACAAUAACUGUGCCAUCGUGGAUCCCAACACUGGCUUUGAGUUCAACCUUCAGCUUUUGGCUUCUAAAACUGGAUACAAGACAACAGCGAAUGGAAAAGACUUCCUGGUGAACAUCUGCUCAGACGCUGCAGAAUGCGGACCGGGCAUAGCCGGCUGUGAGCUGGAUGAGGGGCAUCCGUCCAGCCCGGUGGGGGUGGAGAAGACCCUCCAGUACUCCACCGAUGGCCGUCUCACACUGACAUAUAAGGGAACCCUGGACGAGCCCACGGCAACUCGGGACACCUUCACCAUUAAUUUCGUGUGCGAUCCAACCUCUCACAACAGCUCAUUAAAACUGCUGCGAGAGGACCUGAGUUCUUUACCGAAACAUGUGGUCCACAACGUCUUCUUUGAGUUCUCCACCGCUCUGGCCUGCAUCCCUGCUCCAGUUGACUGCCAGAUCAUCGAUUCUCAUGGUAAUGAGUAUGAUCUAAGCCACCUGAUCCGGGAUGGAGAGGACAGCCCCUGGAUCGCCAUAGAUACAGAUGCUGUGAAAUCACGCAGCUUUUACAUCAACGUCUGCAAACCUCUGCCUCCAGUGAGCGACUGUCCCGUGGGUCCUUUGGGUGCCUGUGGCAUGAUUGAUGGGAACAGUUACAACCUGGGAUUCGUCCAGUCCAGCCCUCAGGCGGCAGAGGACGGCUCCAUCAGCAUCGUGUACCAGAACGGAGACCUGUGCGGUUCUGCAUCCCGCUACUCGACGCGCAUCAUCCUCCAGUGUGAUGACAACCCAGGCUCCCCCAUGUUUGACCGUAAAGAUGGUUGUGAAUAUGUCUUCAUCUGGAGGACAUCUGAGGCCUGCCCCAUCAGGAAGUCUCAAGGUGAUGACUGCCAGGUUCGUGACCCCAAGAGUGGCUACGAGUUCAACCUGAGCUCUCUGAAGGGUCAAGAUUACCCCGUCAACAGUGAUAAGUACGUCUACCACCUGUCGGUCUGCGGUGGGCUCAAGAGAGACAUCUGCACCCACAAAGACACAGGCCUUGAAACUGUCUCCUCCUGUCAAGUGGAAGGGGACAACUACAAGAUUGCAGGAAUGGCAUCCCAGGUUCUGAGCUAUGUGGGAGACCAGCUCAUCCUGAACUACACUAAUGGAGAGGCCUGUCAUAAGAUAUACAACAGAUCCACUGAAGUCUACUUCUCCUGCCACCCUGACAGGCAUCCUGGAAAACCAGAGUUCAUCAAAGAGACUCCAGACUGCACCUACCUGUUCAGCUGGCCCACCGCUCUGGCCUGCGUCCCAGUCAAGACCACCAGCUGCUCCUACAAUGAUAACCAGGGACACUCGUACGACCUCUCCCCUCUGGCUAUGGACUCUCGAAACUGGGAAGUGGAGCACUCUACAGGGGACACGAAGAACCAAUUCUACAUCAAUGUCUGCAGGUCGCUGGUGCAGCAGGGAGGUACAUGGAAGUGUCCCUCCAGUGCAGCAUCCUGUUUGAAGGUCGGAGAGGACUAUGUGAAUUUGGGGCAGGUGGAGUCUGGUCCUACGUGGGACAGAAAUGUCCUGAAGCUGCAAUACACCAGCGGCCAGGUGUGUCCCGAUGGAAGCCGCAACAAGAGCAGCAUCAUCCGCUUCAAGUGUGACAAAGACAAAGUGGACUCCCGGCCUACUCUGAUCUCUGCCAUUGAGGACUGUGUGUACACCUUCCUCUGGUUAACAGCUGCAGCCUGCCCUCUGAACAGCACCCAACACGACAACUGCAGGGUCACCAAUCCCGCUACAGGUCAUUUGUUUGAUCUCAACACCCUGACAAAGGAAGGAGGUUACAAUGUGUACGAUCAUCAGGAACACAGGAAGACGUUCCACAUGAACAUCUGUAGGAACGUGUCUAACGCUGGAUGCAGCUCUGAAUCCGCUGUGUGUAUUAUGGAUGCCACGACCCCAGUGAGCGGCGGUCAGGUGAGCAGGGAACUCUCAUACAAGGAUCAGGUUCUGGAGCUGACGUAUGGAGGAGGAGGUCCCUGCCCAGCAAACCCCGACCUCAAACACAACACCAUCAUCCACUUCAUCUGCAGGCCACCUAACAUGGGCUCAGCCCCACCAGAGCCAGUUCUCAUCGACUCCAACGCUGACACCUGCACACACUUCUUCUCUUUCCACACACCCCUGGUCUGCGAACAGCCAGUGAAGUGUUCGGUCCAAAACGGCUCUGCUCUCAUAGACCUGACUCCUCUCAUCCACAUCAGUGGAUACUACACAGCAACAGACGACGCAGUGGACCAAAGUGACGGAUCUCCAGACUUCUACAUCAACAUCUGCCAGCCUCUGAACCCCAUCCCCGGGGUCACCUGCCCCUCUGGAGCCGCCGUCUGUGCAGACCCUGACAAUGGACCGCCUGUGGACAUUGGGCGGACUACCAGCGGUCCUGAGAUCAACAGUGCAACAGGGGAAGUGUCCAUCACCUACAGCAGCUCCACCAAGUGCACGGCUGAUCCUGCACAGAACUACACUUCGACCAUCAUCUUUACCUGCCAGAGAGGCCUGGAGCUGGGCUCUCCGCAAAUGCUGAGGCUGCAGGAAUGUGUCUAUUUGUUUGAGUGGGCGACUCCUAUAGUCUGUUCGGAUGCCACCCACACCAACACCAGCGGUUGCCAGCUCACCGACUCCCAGCUCCAGUUCACCUUUGAACUGUCCAGCCUCUCUGGUGAAGUCAAGGUACCAACGAACUCCAGCAUCUACCACAUCAACGUCUGCGGCUCAGUGGCCGAGCCGGCCUGCAAGAAGAGCGCGGUUUGCCGGCUGUCUGGUUCAGAGAAGUCAGCCUCAUCCUUUGGCAUCAGCAAGGCCAUGACGAUGGACUACAAACAUGACGAGGAGGCCGUACUGAUGCAGUACGGUGGGGGAGAUCCCUGCCCACCAGCCUCUGGUAAGCGUCAGUCCUCCAUAUUGUUUACCUGCGACCAGUCUGCAGGCCGCGGCUCUCCACAGCUGCUCUCAGAGACGGCGGGUUGUUCAGCCACUUUUCAGUGGCGCACCAGCGCCGUUUGUCCCCCGAUGAAGAUGGAGUGUAAGCUGGUCAGCCAGCAUCGGACCUUCGACCUCCGAACCCUGUCCUCCCUCACUGAGCCCUGGAAGUUUAGCCACCGAGGGGAUUCGUACUUCAUUAACCUGUGUCAGGGUAUCCACGGUGGAUUGCCAGGCUGUCCAGAGGGAGCAACCGUGUGCCGGCACACAGCAGCAGGACUGACCCAGACCCUCGGCCGAGUUUAUACUCAGAAAAUGAGCUCUGUUGAUGGAAAGAUUACUGUCAGCUACUCAGCGGGAGAAGAUGUCUGUGGCCACGGCGUGCAGGCCAAGACUGUAAUCCAGCUGAGCUGCGGCUCCACUGUUGGACACCCGGCACUCAUCAGCGUCGAUGAGGCGUCGUGUGAGUUUGUGAUUAGCUGGGAGACCCGGUCGGCGUGUGCUGUGAAGCAGCACGAGGUGGAGAUGGUGAAUGGGACGAUCCAGGUUCCCGACACUGGAGCCCGCCUCAGUCUGGGAAGGCUUUACUUCAGCCACCAUCAGGCGUCUGGAGACAUCCGUCCCAACGGCGACCGCUACGUCUACCACAUCCAGUUGUCUGGCAUCACCAACAACUCCCUGCCCACCUGUCUCGGUGCCAACAUCUGCCAGGUCAAGCUCAACGGGGCCUACAGACGCAGGAUUGGCUCUUCCAGCAAGGCCAAGUACUACGUUAAAGGAGGAAACCUGGAUGUGAUCGUGCCCUCUGAGUCGGCAUGUGGGCGGGAGAAGACCAAAACGGUGUCGUCCACCAUCAUGUUCCACUGUAACCCCUCGGUGGGCGUCGGCAUCCCCGAGUUUAUGCUGGAGACGGAUGGAUGCCAGUAUCUGUUUAUGUGGCACACGGACGCCGUGUGUGGUCUCACAACUGUUGACACACAGUCCAGUGAUGACGACAGCGAGGCUCCUGUUCUCUCCAGGCGGAGCCAGGCGGUGGGGGUGACGCUGAGUCUUCUGCUGCUGGUUCUGUCCGUCUGUCUGCUCGGGCUUUUGCUCCACAAGAAAGAGAGGCGAGAGCUGGUGAUCCAGAAGGUCGCUGGCUGCUGCAGGAGAGGAAACCAAGUCUCCUAUAAAUAUUCCAAGGUCAACAUGGAUGAAGAAGGGGGUGAAGAGGAGAUGGAGUGGCUGAUGGAGGAGCUGGAAGCACCUCCCACGUCCUCCUCCUCCUCCCACCGAGGGAGGAGUAACCUCGGCAACGGUCACAUCAAGACCAAGUCGGUGAACACGGACGGCCUGCGCUCGUUCUCGCUCGACGAGCAGGACGACGACGACGACGACGACGACGACAGCGAGGACGAGGUGCUGAGCGUCCCGGGGGUGCGAGUGGUCAAAUCCUCCGGAAUCUCCAGGCACUCUGCGGCCCAUCGUAGCCCCUUCCUUCAAGAGGAGAGUGACGAGGACCUGGUGGGCCUCCUGGACGAGUCGGACAAGAAGAGGAAGAGCAGCAAACCUCGCUCCUCAGGCCUUAAUCCCGGUAACAACACGGCAGCCAAUAGGAAACGGGACGAGGACGACAGUGACGAGGACCUCCUCAGGGUGUGAUGUCACUUCCUGCGUCCCGCUCCCCUACCACAACCAGUCUGAACUCUUCUCUCUCAGUGAAUGUCUCCAUAACAGCGACAACAGAUACCAACAACAAAUUGAAAGCAGAAUUCUUUUUUGUUGGGCUGCACCUUUACUUGGCCUCAGACUCUAUCCAGUCCACUGUCUACAGACUGUCAAUGUUAGCAUAUGGUUUCUUAUUUAUUGAUAGCUGAUUAUUUAAAGUGUUCUACAGGCUGUUUUUUGACCUGCACCCUAUUUUCUGUCAUAAUUCUGAAAUGAAAUAAGGUACUUCACUAUAGUUACUUCAAUCUCGCCACAUUUAUCGAAUACAGACUCUUAAAAUCAACCCCAGAGGCAUUGAAAGGCAUCUUCUUUGACACGUUGGCUCUGCAAUGUCCGUGAAAAGAUAUUUUCCUUUCUUUUUGAGUUUUUGAAAUAGAGUUGUGCCAUUGCUUUCGCUCUUUAUUUCAGCAUUGAUUAAGUUAAUUAAGAAUAAUAUCGUGUCUCAUUGCAGCGAAUGAAGAGAAAAGCUUUGACUACCUAUUCGGAGUUGAUUUUUAGUGUCCACGACUGUAUUUGAUAACUGUGGUGAGAUGAACAGUGAAGUAGCUCAAUAGUGAAACAAUUUAGCAGAUUUUUCUGAGGAAAACGACGGCUAUCAAAGAAAGAAAGAAGAAGCAGGGGGAAGCUGGUUUUGUUCCCUGAAUGUGGGCGGUGAAGGUGUCGGCUUGUGUUGAUUCUAAAGGGAAUGAAGACACCCGUUAAUCUUUUCUUGCUGUUUACAGUUGCUAUAAUAGCAGAUGUCUUCUCUUUCUUUCCCCUCGAAGAGAGAGUGCGAUGCCUUCCUGAUGAUGAACUUUACUUUGCUUUUUCAUCGAGGAGUCGUCUUCGGCGACAGAUUUUUGUCUUGUUUUGAUCAGAGACAUUGUACAUAGAGGAUGUAAUGUUCUAUAAUAUGAACAUUUUGUUUGUCUGUUUGUUGUCUUCACCGGUGAGUUGCUCACAUAUCUGUUUUUAUUAUUUAAAUGCUUGUCUGAGCUUGAAUCUCUGUUCUGUUUCGACAAUAGAGAUGGCCUUAAGUGUGAAUGGACGGUCGACGAGGACGGAGGUUGAAAGUGAAAUUUAAGAUGUUGGUUUAGUUUUGCGUUGGUUUUUGAAGUCCCCGCCUCCCGACAAAGCCAUAUUUCUACAGCCACCGCUGGCACUAAUGUCUGGAAGUUGGGAAUUUGUUUUCCCACGCUUGCUCAGUUUCCUUAUUCGGGUUUGUGAUCGUGUUGCUGCAGCAAAAGUGAAAUUUUAACCCGGUAAAGCCAAGUUGUUGUUGUUGUUUUUUGUGCCGAAAUCAGCUGUUUUGUAGCCAAAUGCAUGUGCCGAUGAAGAGACAAAAGAAAGACGUGAAGCGUUUAAGUUCCAAGAAUGCAGACAGUUUAUUUCCAUUUAACGUAUUUUCUGCUUAAUAAACAAACUCGCGUUUUAACAAAGCAUAUGAGUAAUGAUGGAGAUCAAGGGCCUGACAUAUUUUGGUAAAGUAUGUCAAACUGACACAUAAGUUCCCACAUAAGAGUGAUAUGAGUAAUCCUACGCAGUAUAAACAGAGUAUUUGUACCAUU